AUGCUCCAGAGCACCAAAAUGGGGCAGAGCUUCUGGAAGCAGCUCCAUCCGGUCCUCGCCCUCCUACUCCUGGAUCUAGGGUCUGCUGUGACUGCAGAUGCCCCUCACAGCUGCUAUGGGGCUCCAGGCCUGCCAGGCAUGCCGGGUGUGCCCGGCAAGGAUGGCCGGGAUGGUCUGAAGGGAGCCAAAGGUGAACCAGGCAUCCCAGCCACUUCUGCAACACGAGGGCCCAAGGGAAUGAAAGGGGAACCGGGCAUCCCUGGCUUGCCUGGCAAGACUGGCCCCAUCGGUCCCCGUGGCCUCCCCGGAGACUCUGGGAUGAUGGGAAUGGCCGGAGAGCCAGGUAUGCCAGGCAGCUACAAGCAGAAGCACCAGUCAGCAUUUUCAGUGACAAGGCAAACCAGUGAGCACCCCUUAAAGAAUGUCCCUGUGGUGUUCAACCACAUCAUCACCAACAUCAACAAUGACUACAGCGCCACCACGGGCAAGUUCACCUGCAAGAUCCCCGGCCUCUACUACUUCAUCUUCCACACCUCGCAGACAGCCAACCUCUGUGUCAUCCUGUACAAGGAUGGGAACAAGAUGGCCAGCUUCUGCGACCACAAGACCAACACCAUGCAGGUGAGCUCUGGUGGGAUCCUCCUUCACCUGGGUGCUGAGAACCAGGUCUGGCUGGAGGUGAAUGACUACAAUGGCAUGGUGGGCAUUGGCAACUCUGACAGCAUCUUCUCGGGGUUCCUGCUCUUCUCGGACUAGACCACCACCGGAGUCCACCCCAUCAUGCUGACCUCUUCGCCCCACCCCGCAAGCACUGCUGCUCGCUGCCAGGCUGUUGCUGAUGCUCCAGGUUUCUCUGCUGAGUGGGAAAACUCAGCAAGGGGGUCAGCCCCCACUGCCAGACACAACUCACUGGCCUGGGAACAGAGGGGACAGGCAUGUCUGGAUGCAUCUGCAACCAGAGUGAUGGUGUCAAGUCCUUGGGGUCCUGCUGGCACUGUUACAUGUAUCUGCCCUGAUAACCCCACAUUACCUUCUGCUGCCAGAGCCAGAGAUCUCUCUGCAUCUCUCCCUUUCCUACCUGGGUUACAUGAGGGACAGCCAAGUGUCCUGCAGGAGCACCUUUGCCAUGACCUGCCUGUGGAAAGUGUCAAUAAAACCUUCCCCACUGUG